AACAAUAAUGGCGGACACGCUCUUACUUAGAGCACUCAAAGGGAAACCGAAACAGUUGAAUUUAUGCAACAAGAAGCUUGACAGGGUACCAAAGAUAAUUGGAAAGAUAGAUUGCCUUGUCCAACUUCAGUUGAAAAAUAACAAAUUGCAGAACUUGCCUCAGGAAUUUGAAACUUUGUAUCAGUUGGAGGUGCUGAAUCUUGGCAACAAUGAGUUUGAAGUACUACCGGAAGUUCUGCAGUCGGCAAGAAAUCUGGACAAGCUUCACUUGUUUAAUAACCAACUCACAACGCUUACCCCACAAGCCCUCAGUGGCCUCGUGAACCUCACCCUCCUCAAUCUAAAUGGAAACAAAUUAAAAACACUCCCUCCAGAGAUUUGUAGACUCUCCAGCCUUCAACACUUGAGCCUGGACAACAACUUACUGACAGAGCUGCCCAUCGAGUUCUGUGCUCUCACCAAGUUGCAGGAGCUCCAUGCUGCGGGGAAUCGGCUGACGUCAUUACCGCUGGAGUUCGGCUUCCUCAAUGGGCUGGAAAAAUUACAUCUACAGAAAAACCAGAUCCGAGAACUACCAGAGAGUUUGAGUAAGUGCUACCGACUGAGAGUGAUUGACAUCGCAGCAAAUGAACUUCGGAUAUUUCCUACAGAGUUUGCAGCACUCCCCCUGAAGGAGAUUCACUGCGAGGAAAACCCCCUCCUGCAACACAUACCUGUACACUCAGUGCAGGAGGAAGAGGUGUUGUCGUUAAAGGAGAUCUGUGCACGCUACAUCAUGAGGGAGCUAAAAGAUCGGGUGAGUCCACAAGUGUAUGCGUACCUGCGGCGAGCUAUCCGCCACUACCCCGAGAUCCGGGACAUGCUCAGUCAGGCCAGUAAGUGUGCCGUGUGCGGCGAGUCCUUCCUCAACACAUGGCUGGAGUGUGUCAAGUUCAUCAGUGCAAAACAGGAUUUGAAAGUGGGGAACCUCCAUGGCCUGAUGCCGAUCAGAGCUCUUCUCUGCUCCUACAAAUGUUUCAACGCUAAAGGACAUGAAUUCUACGGAGUAGCCUUUCCCUGAUUGGAUUUGUGUUACGACUCGAUUGGUGAUGCUUUUGUCCCCCAGCGAGAAUAAUCUCCCCAUGUUCAGACUGUGUAUGAUUGUCAGAUGUGGGGUUACUUCCACUGUUACUUCCACUGAACAGUUGGCAAAUAUGAGCAUCAGAAACAGAAAAAAUUAUUUUCUGAAUAAAAUAGGCCGGUACGAGAAAUACAUAUAUUUUAGGGCUGUACGAGCAAUACAUACAUUUUAGGCCGGUACGAGAAAUACAUAUAUUUUAGGGCUGUACGAGAAAUACAUACAUUUUAGGGCUGUAAGAGAAAUACAUACAUUUUAGGCCUGUACGAGAAAUACAUACAUUUUAGGGCUGUACGAGAAAUACAUACAUCUUAGGCCUGUACGAGAAAUACAUACAUUUUAGGGCUGUACGAGAAAUACAUACAUUUUAGGGCUGUAAGAGAAAUAUAUACAUUUUAGGCCUGUACGAGAAAUACAUACAUUUUAGGGCUGUACGAGAAAUACAUACAUCUUAGGCCUGUACGAGAAAUACAUACAUUUUAGGCCUGUACGAGAAAUACAUACAUCUUAGGCCUGUACGAGAAAUACAUACGUUUUAGGAAUGCGUAGAAGUAGGGGUGGGUUGAUUAUUGGUAGAUUUCAGUGACUGAAACUUGUCAUAAACUUACUUGAUGGUAUUACUGCUGAACAGCUUGUAACACUUUGUCAUUGAUGUGGGUGACAUUGGACUUUGGAUGACAUUGACGUGGGUGACAUUGGACUUGGAUGACAUUGAUGUGGGUGACAUUGGACUUGGAUGACAUUGAUGUGGGUGACAUUGGACUUGGAUGACAUUGAUGUGGGUGACAUUGGACUUGGAUGACAUUGAUGUGGGUGACAUUGGACUUGGAUGACAUUGAUGUGGGUGA